CUCUGGCCUUUUGGCUUAGAUCAAGUGUAGUAUCUGUUCUUAAUAGUUUAACCACUAUUACGGAGGCACUGCCUCCCGUAUUGGUUAUCUAAUUUUUGCCGCCCUUGUCUUCUGUGCUCUGCUUGCAACACGGAGGCGCGAUGACCUUGCUAUUGCAGUACUGGCUUGUGUCGUCGGGGGAUCUUUUCUUUGCUGCGUACUUUCGAGAACUUCCAAUUGGCGGUCUUUGGGUUGUAGCAAACAAAUGGAUGGCUUUGCUUAUUUUUCUAAGGAUCAGUAGACCUUUUGUAGCACUUAUAUUUUCAUGUGUUGUAAUUAUUGGAAUAAUUGAUGAGAAUGAUUUGAAGGUCUUGGUUUCGAGGAAUUGGAAGUGCUUUUGAGCCUUCGGAAUAUUACAACGUUCCGAAAUUCAGAAUAUCCAAUGCUAGAAGGAAAGGCUCUCACUGAUGCUCGUCAUGAUAUGGGAAGCUCCUGGUGAUUGUUGGUCAUACGCGGAAUUACUUUUGGUUGCGCGUGGAGGAAAAUCUUUGAUUAAAGUAGUACACGGAGUUCCAGCACGUAGCAAUAUCGACUCCGGCCUACUCAACCAACAUCAUUGCUGCUUCUUUGGCGAGUUAUCCGAACGGACGAGAUCAACGCGCUGCGUUCACAACUCAAGUACGUGAGACACAGCGUCGGCACCAUCUCGGGAAAUAGGAGAUCCCAUCUAGCGGAGCAGGUAACACGCUUACUUGCCUAGGUCCUUAGGACCUGUAUUA